AUGGCCAAAGAGGGUAAAAAGGGUACUCAAAGUGGCUCCAAAGUAACUCCUGGUGGUGCUCCAGUUGGAAACAAAGGUGGUGCCGAAGGAAAAGGCCAAGACGUUGCAUCUGGUGGUCCCCAGGGUGAUUCCAAUAAUCGAACUGCUGCUACCCAGCAAGGUAGCUCUCAAGGUGACGCUUGUAAUGAAAUAGCCACCCAAACGCAACUUAAUUGA